AUGACCACCGAGGCCAUCACGUCGGCGCUCAUCUGCGCCUUGGUCGUCGCCGGUACUUUGCUUGAUGCGGAAGGUAGUCGCGAGAGCAACCGCUUGCACUCGCGCGCGUAUCGGUGGCAGCGGCUCGGCAACUGGCUGCCGCUUGGCAUCGCGUACGCUGCGUUCUACAUGGCGCGCUACAACAUUGCCGCGGGCAACGUCGCGGCCAUUCGCGCGCAGCUGCACUUGACGACCACCGACAUGGGCUGGGUCAUCUCGGCCGGCUCGUGGACGUACGCACUCAGCGCUCCCUUCACCGGCCACGUGACCGAUCGCAUUGGCGGGCAGCGCGGGAUUGUGCUCGCGUGCGCUGGCGCCGGCGCCUGCAACCUCCUCUUGGGCCUCGCAUUCUCGCGCGGUGGCGUGUCCGAGGCCGCGUUUUGCAUCCUCUUUGCGCUCAACCAAGGCUUCCAAGGCUUUGGCACGGCGGCCGUCGUCAAGAUCAACGCCCGUUGGUAUGGACCCAGCGAACGCGGUCUCUUCUCGGGUAUCUUCAAUAUGCUGGUCGUGAGCGGCUACUACCUCGCGCUCGGGUCCGGCGACUCGAUCGUGGCAACGCUAGGAUGGCCGUACCUCUUUUACAUCCCAAGCCUCUUGCUUGGCGCCAUGGGUCUCGUGUCGGUCUUCUGGAUUCGCAAUGGCCCGCCGACGUCCGAGAGGCUGCCCUCACGUCCCUCGACGCGACCUCUCUGUGACACUUCGCACAGCGGCGUGCUCUGCCUCCUGCAGAGUCCAACCGUGUGGGGCUACCUCGGUGCGAUCUUCUGCCUCUCGUGGGCGCGCGACGGCCUCCUCAACUGGAUGUACUCGUACUUUGAUGCGGUGCGUGUUUUGCCGUUGUCACCAAGCGACCAUGCGCUCCUUGGCGGCGCGUGGACGCUCGGUGGCUUUGUCGGCGGUGUCCUCUGUGGCUGGAUCUCGGACCACCUCUUCCGCGGCCAGCGCAUGCCACCCAUCGUGCUCUUCUCAGUUAUGCAAGCCGUCGUGGUCUGCAGUAUGUACAUGGCGGCACCGUCCGUGUCAAUGUCGGUGCUGGCGCUUCUCCUCUUCGUCGCGAGUGUCUUUCUGCUUGGCAGCUACACGAUGCUCAGCUACACGAUUCCGACCGACCUUCCGGUUGAAAUUGCGGCCAGCGCCGGUGGGCUCUUCACGACGGCCGCCUACAUGGCCACCGGUCUCUCAGGUGUUGCCAUGGGCGCCGUCGUUAGCGACUAUGGCUACCGGUUUUGGGUUGCUUCGCUCGUACUGGCGUCGAUAUCGUCGGGCCUCUGCACCUAUGUCGGUGCGCAGUACGCCAAAUCGCACGUUGGUACGAUGGUACAUGAGACCGAGUGCACUCCGCUGCAAACCGCGCGCGUGGAUCUCCGCCGCGCGUCGCUUGUCAACACCCAAGCCGACUUCUUCGCCGUGGUGAUGGACAUCAAGGACGACAAGGACGCGCAAGAGACGACGUAAUUGCGAGGCGGGUUUGCGCAAAGGACUUGAGAAAGCUCAAUCAAAGGCGUGCACUGUAUAACUACCUAGUACGCUUCGUAUUCUACUUGC